GGCGUGAGCAGCGUUAGUUGAACGUUUUUGUGAUACAAAACUGUGAUCUUUGUGGCGGUUUAUUGGCUCGACCGGAUUUAAUCUGGCGGCUGCUUCCGCAUCGUCCGAGAAGGCAUCCUCACAUCAAAGUAAUCGAGGUUAAUCCGCCCUCGCCUCCUGAACGUUACCUGGUUGUCUGGCCUCAAACUACACGCCAAGUAGAGCACGAUGCACACAAGCAAAAAUGGAAGCGACAGCACAAGCUCCGCGUCGGUUGACGCCAAAGGUGAGCAGGACGAAGCGGUGUGCCACUACCGGGGCCCCCCGUUUCGCUCCCCAGAUCCCCCCAGUCACUCCCCCUCCGAUCGCUUUUCAGUGACUUGGCUCGGUGAGAAAAUGGCCACCGGCCCACUCCCCCAACCCUCUGUUUGGGGGCGUUCGAUUGUUUUUGCGUUUCUGGCAAAACGUGCACAUGCCUUCUGCCGCCCCCCUCGGCCGGCAGGGGUGUGCCCCAGCGGCCCGCAAGGCAGCGACGGCUGACAGGUGCGCCUUCUAAGUCCCACCGAAAAAAAAAAAAAAAAAAGGCAAAAUGCUGGCUGUAUUUUUGCCGACAUGCGGAGGAAGCCGCCAUUGAUGUGCAUCUCUCUUUGUUUUAUUCUGACCUCUUUGCGUUGUGCUGUGUCCCGCGGACCCACCUGUAGACACACACGCUCUCUCUUGGUCGCAACAUGUAGACGUCACGUCGAGACGGGACAUUGCCACAGUGGAAUGAUGAUGACGCCCGCCCUCUCCUUGGGGAGGAGGCCGCUCUUACUACUCUUGUAAGCUAAAGGGUUGCCCCAAGGUAAUAACCACCUCUUUAAAAGCCGAUGCCUUCCUCUCUCGUCUGUAUCUCAUUUCUUUCAUGGGUGGACAGGUUCAUAGGUGCAAGUGCACUGACCCUUUGCGUGUCUCGUCUUUUUGCCCUUUCUUCUUCUCCCCCUCCCCCUCCUGCGGCUGUUACGGGUGGAUGCACAUAGGUGGCGCCGGUGACACCAAGAAAGAAGGUAAGGAGUCUGCGGAGCUGGAGAAGUACUGGCAGGUGGUGCGGAACAACCCGGCGGACUUCACCGGGUGGACUUACUUGCUGCAGUACGUGGAGCAGGAGAACAACCUGGCAGCGGCGCGGGAGGCCUUUGACAAGUUCUUCUCCUACUACCCCUACUGCUAUGGCUACUGGAAGAAGUACGCCGACAUGGAGAAGAAGCUAUGCUCCAUCGAAAAAGCUGAAGAGACGUUCGAACGAGGAGUUGCCGCCAUCCCACUGAGUGUCGACCUGUGGAUUCACUACAUCAACUUUGUCAAGUCGCACUUCAAGGAUGAAGAAAACUACUACACCAAGGUUAAAAACCUGUUCGAGCGUGCCAUCGAGUCGUCGGGCCAGGACUUCCGUUCAGACCGUCUCUGGGACAUGUUUGUCACGUGGGAGCUGGAGAACAAGAACCUCAAGGAGGUCACCGCCAUCUACGAGCGAGUACUCCAGGUGCCCACCCAGCUCUACGGACACCACUUCGAAAAGUUCCAGGAGCAUGUGAAAACACACUUGCCCAAGGACAUACUGUCCACGGAUGAGUUCCUGCAGCUGAGACAGCAGUACAUGGAGUCCAUGCGCAAAGCCACGCCUGUGGGGCCGCCUGGCCAGUCCGGCGACGAGGCGGGCACCGCGCAGAUGGAGAUUGAUGAGGACGACGGGGAUGCCCCUCCGCCGGGCGUGGACGACGCUCCGCCCCCGGGUGUUGAGGAUGCCACGAAGGAAGACACCAAAGCACUGAAGAACGACAAUGAGGCUAAGUACAUCCGGGACAAGGUGGUCGAGAAACGGCGAGAACUGUUCAAGGCGAACGAGGCAGAAGUUGGUCGACGGUGGGCCUUCGAAGAAGGAAUCAAGCGGCCUUACUUCCAUGUGAAGCCCCUUGAGCGGCUGCAGCUCAAGAACUGGCGCGAGUACCUCGACUUCGAGACCCAGAAUGGCAACCACCCGCGGACUGUGAUACUCUACGAGCGGUGCCUCAUCGCCUGCGCCCUCUAUGAAGACAUGUGGAUGAAGUACAUAAAGUACCUGGACACAGCAGAGCCGGAGAAGGUGAACGAUGUCUUCCGGCGAGCUUGCACAACGCAUCUGGUGCGCAAGCCAAGCAUCAGCCUAGCUUGGGCUACCUACGAGGAGAAGCAUGGCCGCUUCGAGGAGGCAUCGGCCAUCCUGGCGGAGAUGGAGUCGCGCAUCCCCGACCUCCUGGAGCCGACGCUCCGCCGGAUCAAUGUCGAGCGGCGGAGGGGCUGCCCCGAGAAGGUGGAGGAGCUGUACCGCAAGUGCAUCUCGCAGGCGGAGACCGCUUCGCUCAAGAGCCACUUUGCCGGCAAGCUGGCCCGCUUCCUGUGCAAGGUUCAGAACAAGUUGGAAAACGCCAAAGAAGUGCUGAAGGAGGCCCUUGACCGGGAGCCGACGAACACGCGACUCUACAUGCAACUGGCCGACCUGGGAUACCAGCAGUGCCCGCCCGACGAGGCCCUGGUGUUGGAGGCCUUCGACCUGGCCAUCGGCAACUCCCAGUUGCCGGCCCCCGACAAGCUUGUCUUCCUCCAGAGAAAGCUAGAGUUCCUUGAGGACUUCGGCAGUGACGUGACCAAGGUUCAAGAAGCCUUUGACGAGUACUCCAAGCUGGCCAAGGCGCAGGAGCUGGCACAGAAAAAGAGGCCAGCGGAAGAGCCCCAGGAGACGCCAGAGAAGAAGCCGAAGACGGCGGAGCUGAACGGAGCCGACGCAGCGGCCGCAUCCGCAGCGCAAGCGAUAGCCGCAGCCACGUCAAGCGCAGCAGCAGCCGAUGCCACGGCCCAGUACAACUAUGCACAGCAGUGGGCCGGCUACCCACAGGCCUACAACUACCAGCAAGCGUGGAACGCCUACCCAGCAAGUUCGUACUACCCGACGCAUUGACCGCGCGCGCGCCUGCGUCACUGCGCAGCAAGAAACGGCCAUUACUUGUACAUAAGAUCCCGCACACAUUACCCCACUUACGCCCCUAGUUGUCUUCACAUGGUCAUCGCCCCCCCCCUUCAGGCCCCGCCCUUUGUGUUUUUGCCUCGACCUUCCAUUGGUGGAUGGGUCAGGCCAGCAACAGUCUCGUUGCCGGACUUGCUUUGGACAAGUUGGAAAAGGCAGCGAGAAAACAACCAGGCGGUCACGUGUUCAUAUUCUUCAUUUCACUUUUUUGCCGACGAGCACCUCCACUGUGUCACAGCUCCCUCCCCCUUUCCCUCUCUCAUUUCUUUGGUGUCUUGGAGCUUCCAGUGUUAUCGCAAACUGUAAACUAUUAAAGGAACACAAGGGAGGAAGUCGCCAUGUCUUACAAUAAAGUGUUCUAUCUUGUGUAAA